AUGACUCCGGGCAGAACCAGGUCUCUCAGCACGAUCUCUCCAAACAGCAACUAUCGCGUCAUGGUACCAAAAUCAAACACGGAAUCGGAGGCGACAAUAAACGGCAUCAAGUCAAAACUGCAAGCACUAGAGAACAAGAUCAACACAGAAACCGAAUUCCACCAACAAGAUGCCAAGUUUAACUCAUUCUCCUAUGACAUGCGCAGUCGAGACAUAUCUUAUAUCUACGAGUCCGAACUGCGCAGCCGCCAGAAUGAGCUAGGCAAUAAAUUUUAUACGCAAAAGAUCUGGCAGCUCUACUCCGCUAUUAUCGCCUUAGUGGCGGUGUUUAUCGGCGUUUUGAGUGCCUUGUCUGCUGUCGAUCUGGCACGCAGUAAUAGGGAGUUGGAGAGGCUUUAUAAGAAGAAGCGUCGUGAAAACAAACAAAGGGAGGAUACACUGGCAAUAGAACAGUAG